CUGCAGCAUUGCACAGAGCAGAGGUGGUUAAAGAGGAAAGGUGUGUUAUUCUGAACAAUUCCAAAAAUACCCCUCAACAUGCCUGAAAAUCCAGCAGCAGAUAAGCAGCAGGUGCUGCAGAUCCUGGAUCGGCUGCAGGCAAAACUGCAGGAGAAAAGGGAUUCCCAACACCAGGAAAACCUGGCUGUCCUAAGGAACACCCUCAGGAGCCCCUUGUUCAACCAGAUUCUGACUCUCCAGCAAUCCAUCAAGCAGCUGAAGGAGCAACUCAAUUACAUGCCUCCUGACCGCUCAGUAGAUUUUGAUUUUACCAAGAGGGGGCUGUUGGUGUUUGCUGACAAAUCAGUCAAUGCUCAGACACCUUGCACUGGACCCAAAGCAUCAGCCUUCACUCCAAACCUGGGAGUCAAUGAAUUUAACAUGAUCAUCCAGCAAAUGGCAAAGGGAAGACAAAUAGAAUCAAUAACGAUUGAUAAACCUUCUGUUGGAGGUCUCGGAUUUAGUGUGGUUGCCCUUAAAAAUCCCAGCCUGGGAGAAGUUGGUAUCUUUGUCAAGGAAGUCCAGCCAGGAAGCAUAGCUGACAGGGAUCAAAGACUGAGGGAAAAUGACCACAUACUGGCCAUUAAUUGCACGCCAUUGGAUCAGAACAUUUCCCAUCAGCACGCCAUUGCCCUCCUCCAGCAAUCCACAGGAUCCCUGCAUCUGGUGGUGGCUCGGGAGCCACUUCAAGGGAACAGCAGAACUGCCUUAUUAAAUGAUAUUCACUGGGGCCACAUUGAAGACGUUGAGCUGAUUAACGAUGGUUCAGGAUUAGGCUUUGGAAUUGUAGGAGGAAAGUCGAGUGGAGUAGUUGUAAGAACAAUUGUUCCUGGGGGAUUAGCAGAUCGGGACGGGAGGCUGCAGACAGGCGAUCACAUCUUGCAGAUUGGAGGGACCAACGUGCAGGGAAUGACCAGUGAGCAAGUUGCCCAGGUGCUGAGGAACUGUGGGAAUUCUGUCAGGAUGAUCGUCGCAAGGGACCCCAAGUGUGAAGCCAUGGAGGCUCCACCAGCUCCUGCGAGCUGGCCAGUCAGCACAUUACCUUCCCUUCCAAAUGAAAAUGAUAAUGACAACUUUUUUGAUACCUAUGACGUUGAACUUAUAAAAAAGAACGGGCAAAGCCUGGGAAUAACAAUUGUUGGAUAUGCUGGCACAUGUGAUAUCGAACCUUCAGGGAUUUUUGUGAAAAAUAUAAUACCUGGUAGUGCUGCUGACCACAAUGGCCAAAUUCAUGUUCAUGACAAAAUUGUUGCUGUUGAUGGAGUCAACAUACAGGAUUUUACCAACCACGAAGUGGUAGAGGCACUGCGAAACACGGGACAGACUGUACGUCUGACCUUGCUUAGAAGGAAACCUUCCUUUACUAUCUCUUCAGAAACACCUUCAGAUAGAGGAAGAGUCCUACUCCCUCCAGCACAUGAGAUGAAAUCCAAGUGGGAAAACCUGCUGGGACCAGAAUAUGAAGUUAUGGUUGUGAAUCUGGAUAUGCCCUUCAAAGACGAUUCAGAGCUCCAGAAGUACUCAAAGCUGUUACCCAUCCACACUCUGAGAUUAGGAGUUGAGCUGGACACUUUUGAUGGACAUCAUUAUAUAUCAUCCAUUGCUUCAGAUAGCCCAGCUGCAACCCUUGGACUUCUGCAACUGGAGGAUGAACUUCUGGAGGUAAACGGGGUGCAGCUGUAUGGAAAAUCCCGACGUGAGGCUGUCACCUUCCUCAAGGAAGUGCCACCCCCUUUCACCCUGGUGUGCUGCCGGCGGCUCUUUGGUGACGGCACCGAGUCUUUUGUGGACGAGCCCCCCAUGGCAGUUCCCCCUCCAGAGCAGAAGGUGAAACCUGAGGAAGACUUUAAUCCUGAGGAGGAAGAAGGGGAAUUGGCAUUAUGGUCUCCUGAUGUGAAGGUUAUUGAGCUGGAGAAAGACAAAAAUGGUUUAGGAUUCAGCAUUUUAGACUAUCAGGAUCCCUUGGAUCCAGCAGGAACAGCCAUCGUGAUCAGCUCCCUGGUGGCAGGUGGAGUGGCCGAGCGCGGGGGGCAGAUUUUGCCGGGUGACCGCUUGGUGUUCGUCAACGAGAAACACUUGGACGGUGCCACCUUGGCAGAGGCAGUGGAAGUGCUGAAAUCUGUGCCCCCAGGUACAGUUUCCCUUGGAAUCUGCAAGCCUUUAGUGGAAGAAAGCAGAGAGGAGGAGAACAGGCACAGUGUGGAAACCAGCAGCAUCAAAAGCAGCCCUGGAUCUCCAGAACCAAUAGAUAACACAAAUUUCCCAGUAAUACUUGAAGCACCACAGGGUUUCAGAGAUGAGGUACCUUUUAAAGAAGAACUCGUUGAUGAGCCACAUUUGGACUUGGGAAGGUCAUUUCAGCUUUCUCAGAAGGAUGAUGAGUAUGGGAAGGAGUCCUGGGAGAUGUGUGAAUUUCUGAAGCCCAGAGCAGAGGACGUGGAGGAGGAACGGGAAAUGUUGGUGGAUGAGGAGUAUGAAGAGGAUUCAGACUUCCUGAAAUGUGAUGAAGCAUCAGGUGGAGAGAAGGCAGCUUCAGACAGGAACCUGGAUACAGAACAAUGGGCAAAGCAACUGGAGACCGCUGAAAAACAAGAUUUAAGACACAGUGUUAGCCUAAGUCCCAGAGAGUCCCUGGAAUAUCCAUUCAGUAAAGAUCAAAUGUGUGAAGAGAAUGCUGCUAUAAGAUCACACUUUUCUGGAAACACUGCACACAGCAGCUACCAAAAAGACAUAUUUGAUACAGAAACUACCCCGUCAGAAGUGAAAAGAGAGAUGGAUUUAGGGACAAAGCUUCAGAGUGACUCCAAAGGACCUGAGCUUGCUGUUGAUUCAGAAGCAAUUGGAAAGAAAACACUAAAAGAGGAGAAAUAUGUUUUUCCCAAGAACCAGGAAUCUGGGAGAGUAACAACCUUAGCUCAGGCUAGAGCAGCAUCAGGCAGUGAAUUACCUGAGAGGGAAGAAGGAGAAGGAGAAGAAACUCCAAACUUCAGCCACUGGGGACCACCACGGACUGUUGAGAUUUUCAGAGACCCUCAUGAGUCUCUUGGAAUCAGCAUUGUUGGUGGACAAACUGUCAUAAAGCGCCUGAAGAAUGGAGAAGAACUUAAAGGGAUCUUUAUCAAACAUGUUUUGGAAGACAGCCCAGCAGGAAGAACAAGAGCUUUAAAAACUGGAGAUAAAAUACUUGAGGUUUCUGGGGUAGACCUACAAGAUGCCACCCACGACGAAGCAGUAGAAGCCAUCAGGACUGCAGAAAAUCCUGUGGUGCUUGUAGUCCAGGGCUUGGCUAAUGUACCAAAAGUGGUUUCUCCUGCCCAGCCUAAGGGAAUCAAAGUCAGCAAAGAUCAGGAUGCAGACAAAGAAAAUAAGAGUGAUAAGAGAAAAUAUGGGGCUCCACCUCCCAUGAAGCUGCCACCUCCUUACAGAGUACUCGAAAGGCAUCAGGCAGAGGAGGCUGCUCUGGAUGAAGAGGAGGAUGAGGAUGCUUGUGCAGAGGAAAAAAUCAGGCAGAGAUAUGCAGAUCUCCCAGGAGAAUUGCACAUCAUUGAGCUGGAGAAAGACAAGAAUGGGCUGGGGCUCAGCCUGGCUGGCAACAAGGACCGCUCCAGGAUGAGCAUCUUCGUGGUUGGGAUCAAUCCCGACGGCCCCGCGGGACGGGACGGGCGGAUGCACAUCGGGGAUGAACUCCUGGAGAUAAACAAUCAGAUAUUGUAUGGAAGAAGCCACCUGAAUGCUUCUGCAAUCAUUAAAACUGCCCCAUCAAAGGUCAAGCUGGUUUUCAUACGAAGUGAAGAUGCAGUCAACCAGAUGGCUGUCACUCCCUUCCCACUGCCUUCAGGCUCCCACUCUGCUAUUGAGGACCACGGUGGCACUGAACCUCCCAGUGGCGAGGAAGACCCGAGUUUGGAAGUUGUCAUGAAAAGCUUGACUGAUGAGGAAUCCAACAAAGCUGAUGUGAAAUGUAAAGCUGACACACCAGUGGUGGCAGAUCAGCAGGAGACAGAGGAGCAGCUCCCAGAAAAUGUCCUCAACCAGAUUAAACAGCCCAAAUCUUCCACGAAAGCCCCAGUGAGCUCCCAGGAGAUACCCCUGGAGCCAGCACCUCCUUACCUUUCUCCAGAAGCAGAAGUCACCAGCCGUGGUGUCAUCCCACCUCCACUGCCUGUGGAUCCAGCAACUUGUCCCAUAGUUCCAGGGCAGGAGAUGACCAUCGAGAUCUCCAAGGGUCGCUCAGGCCUUGGGCUCAGCAUUGUUGGAGGCAAAGACACUCCACUGGAUGCCAUAGUGAUCCAUGAAGUUUAUGAAGAAGGGGCAGCAGCUCGAGAUGGCAGACUUUGGGCUGGAGAUCAGAUUCUAGAGGUGAACGGGAUCGAUCUGCGCAACGCCAGCCAUGAGGAAGCCAUCACUGCGCUCCGGCAGACGCCCCAGAAGGUGCAGCUGGUGGUUUAUAGGAAUGAAGCACAUUACAAGGAUGAGGAAAACUUGGAGAUUUUCUCUGUAGAUAUCCAGAAGAAAACAGGCCGAGGACUGGGGCUCAGCAUAGCUGGGAAACGAAAUGGAAGUGGAGUGUUUAUCUCUGACAUUGUUAAAGGAGGAGCUGCAGACCUAGAUGGAAGAUUAAUUCAAGGAGAUCAGAUUUUGUCUGUAAAUGGGGAGGAUAUGAGAAAUGCCUCACAAGAGACUGUUGCCACUAUACUUAAGUGUGCUCAAGGCCUGGUGCAUCUUGAGCUUGGGAGAUUGCGAGCUGGGUCAUGGCUGUCAUCACGGAAAACAUCCCAAAACAGUCAGGCGAGCCAACAGAGCGUCCACAGCCACUUCCACCCCGCGCUUGCUCCCGUCCUCUCCACCUUGCAGAACUUUGUCAGCACAAAAAGAUCCUCAGCAGACACAUCCCAGAGAAACUCAGUAGGAGCCGAUAUGGGCCCAAGGACUGUGGAGAUAACGAGGGGCCCAUAUGAUGCACUGGGUGUCAGCAUAGCAGGAGGGAAGGGCAGUCCCUUGGGAGACAUUCCCAUCUUCAUCGCUAUGAUCCAGGCCAGUGGAGUGGCUGCUCGGACACAAAGGCUCAGAGUUGGAGAUCGGAUUGUCAGCAUUAAUGGGCAACCUUUGGAUGGGCUGUCUCAUGCAGAUGCAGUUAAUCUACUAAAGAAUGCUUAUGGGAGCAUUAUCCUGCAGGUGGUGGCUGACACCAACAUCAGUGCCAUUGCCAGCCAGCUGGAGAGCAUGUCCACGGGCUGCAGCCUGAACCCGCCCUCCGAGCAUCCCACCGAGGAUCCCGAAGCACCUCAACCUAAGAUUAUUACUUUGGAGAAAGGCUCUGAUGGACUGGGAUUUAGUAUUGUAGGGGGGUAUGGAAGUCCCCAUGGAGACCUGCCCAUUUAUGUCAAGACUAUAUUUGCCAAGGGCGCGGCGGCUGACGACGGACGGCUGAAGCGCGGGGACCAGAUCGUGGCGGUCAACGGGGAGGCCCUGGAAGGCGUCACCCACGAGCAGGCCGUGAACAUCCUGAAGCGCCAGAGGGGGACAGUGACCCUGACAGUGCUGUCCUGAGACAAACAGAGUUCUUUUAGGUCAUCUGUAGAGCUGUCAGACACUGCCCACCCCCCUCAGAGCCUGGCAAACAUGGAUCAGCGUUCCCACAGAUGCCAGUGAGCAUCUCCAGCUUCGUUCAGCACCCCAAGUUUUUUCGGCCUUUCUCCCCGCCCUCCACGACUUCUGGUGGCUUCAGAGGUUUCUCUGGACAAGUUUAAUUAAGGAACUUUAAAGGACAAAAGGAUGUUCUGCUUUAUUUAACACCUUGGUUUGUCCCUGCUGGUCUGAACCCCGGUUCCAAGUGCUGAACCUGGAAUCAGUUCUCACACAAAAAAGAAUUCAGAUCAUCAACUGAUCUCAUCUGAGGAGCAGAAAUAAAUGCCGAGCGACUUGUCAUCUCA